GUAGAGAAGACUGUGGAUGUAGCUGAGAGCCUGAAGACAAUGCAGGAGCAGUUGCAUUGCUGUGAUGACAUGCUGAAACAAUGGGUUGUUGAUGUCAAGCAGUGGGCCAGUAGCAGAAGCACAGCACCUGGUCCUGUUGAUGCUCAAAGUUUGCAGAUCACAAUCGAAGCACUCUUUGUGAGCAUUUGUCAGAAAAAGCACUACCUUUACAGACAAAAUGAUCGCAACAAAAGGCGACAGAAAAUAACUCAAAAGAUAGCCCAGGAAAAGAAACGGUUGCUGGAAGACAUCCAGAGAUACAACCAACAGCCUGAUGGUGACCCUGUGGACACAGAGUUAGUUGUGCAGAAACUCUCUAACAAAGCUGCAGAGAGCAUGAUCUGGCCUUGGCAGGAACAGAACACAGACGGUGUGGACAUCCUUACAAAGAAGAAGCUCUUUGACCACGUAAUGCUUGCCUCACGACUAAAAGAGGAAAAGCAGAUCCUUGUGAAGGAGAUGCUGCAGCACUGCCAGUACCUCAAGGACUCAGUGGCAAAGGUCCAGACACUGAUAGGCACUGUUUUAGUGAGCACACAGACAGGAAGCUUGCCAAAUGGAUUAACCGAGGAGGGGUCCAAGGGCCUCAUCAGUGCACUAAAAAGAAGACUGCAAGACCUGAGACUCAAACAGCAGACCAUAGCAGGCACCUACAGAUGCACUCUCAGGGCCGGCCGGCGGCGCGGACCAGCCAAUGGCAUUCACUCCUUCAAGUCAGCGAGGCCGGCUGUCGGUGCCGCCGGCGCUGCAUGA